CAUUCUAGGGAUCGAAGGCAACGGAGUCCAAGAAGUGUAUAAAUCCAAGGCUGUGGAAGGGAAGAGUUGCAAACAAAGAGACUAAUAACAAGUUCUCAAAUGGCUCAUAAUCUCAUCAACUUCACUGCUGCAGUUCUGUUAUGUGUCGGUGUUUGCUCCGCUGCAGAAGCAAGGACCAGGUCGUACUCUGUCAGCAAUGGAAUCGGAAGGUCUCUGGUCUCCGAGUCCUCGAGCGACAGUAUCUGCAACUCAAUGGUGCAGCCACAGGGCUAUGUCUGCCAGGAACAUAAAGUGACAACAGAGGAUGGUUAUAUUCUGACCAUGCAGAGGAUUCCAGUGAGCCGGUCCAGUAAGCGGGCUGAUAAACCACCGGUUCUUCUGCAACAUGGUUUAAUGAUGGAUGCUGUGACUUGGGUUCUCAACUCACCAGACCAGUCCCUUGCAUUCAUCCUAGCCGAUAACGGGUAUGAUGUUUGGCUUGCAAACUCCCGAGGAACUAACUCAAGUCUUGCCCACACCUCAUUGAGUCCAAGUGACCCGGCUUACUGGGAAUGGUCCUGGGAUGAACUAGUUGCCUAUGAUCUCCCUGCUAUGUUCCAGCACAUUCAUGGUGCCACCGGUCAGAAAUUCCAUUAUGUUGGGCACUCCUUGGGAACUCUCAUCGCUCUGGCAGCAUUCUCAAAACAGGAGCUUUUUGGAAUGUUGAGAUCAGCAGCUUUGCUCAGCCCAAUAGCCUAUGUGAAUCAGAUUUCCUCGCCUCUCGCAAAAAGUGCUGCUGAUAUCUUCCUUGGAGAACAACUGUAUUGGUUAGGUCUCCAUGAAUUUGAACCUAAAGGGGAGGCCGUGGGGAAACUUUUGAAUGAUUUCUGCAAUCAACCGGGGAUCAACUGUUCCAACCUAAUGAACAUCAUGACAGGACCAAACUGCUGCAUAAAUUCCUCCACGAUGAAUGUUUUCCUGGAACACGAACCGCAGGCAACAGCAACAAAGAAUAUGAUCCACCUCGCUCAGAUGAUAAGGAUGGGAACUGUAGCAAUGUACGAUUAUGGGAAUGAGGACGACAACAUGAGCCACUACGGGCAGUCGACCCCACCAGCGUACAACAUGACGAGCAUCCCGAAUGACUUUCCCCUUUACCUCAGCUACGGAGGGAAAGAUGCGCUCUCCGAUGUGAAGGAUGUGCAGGUCCUGCUGAAUUGCCUCAAGGACCACAAUGGGGACAAGCUCGUGGUCCAGUACAGGGACGACUAUGCUCACGCUGAUUUCGUGUUCGGGUUUAACGCACACGAAGUUAUCUAUGAUCCUCUCAUGGCAUUUUUCAGGCUCCACUGAAGGAAGUGCAACAAACAACUCUCUGUAUUUUCUGCUCCCGGCAAUGUACAGUUUAGGAAUAUUACAGGAGAAACCACUACUGAAAUCAAGCCUCCAUGUUCAAUGGAAAAUAUGGUCAUCUCGACAAGAAGACCAUCCAGUAAUCUUACAGACUGAUCUGUGCAAAGUUCGAAUUAUUUUCCAGCUACUCAGAUGUAGUAUGUUCGGUCUGAUAGUGAAGUGAUUCUGGGCUGCUA